AUGACUACUCAGGAAAGUAUCAAACCGUUGGUAGAUAAUAUACUGUCAAACCCGUUGCAGUUCAAAAGAUCAUCGAUGAAGUCCGACGGCAGAGGUGGUGGUGGUAUUGCCGAUUUGUACGGUGCAAAUACGAGUAAAAAGCGUGCGCCGUUCGUAGUGAUAGGCGGUGCCAGAAAGAAGAGCAAGGUGGAUGAGCAGCAGGAUACUGCGGUUGCAGCAGCAGCAUUACCAGCAGCAGAACUACCAGCGGGCAAUGGGGCAGUGGCAGUGCCGGCUUCGAUGGCAGAGGCGCUCAAAAUGUAUGUUGCAACGCCGUCGCAGCAGGACGCAGCAGUGUCCUCGAGCAGCGAGAGCGAGAGCGAGGAGUUUCACGAGGCCAACGAGUAUGUCGAAAGCGUGGCAGGCGAGGAGGACGUAGGGAUGCCUUUGGAGCGCGGGUCUGGGUCGGAUUCGGGAUCUGCAGAGGAGAGCGAGGACCUGGACUACCAGAGCGGCGCAUCUGGGGCAGAAUCGUCCAGCGAUGAAGUGUCUCACGUAUCGGAGGACGAAAAAUACCAGCUGCACGAGGAAGCCGAGGAAUCCAAGGAGCCGGAGAGGGACGCCCAGGUCAAGGCACCAGCCGGGCAGGAAGCUGGGCCACAGCGCGAGCUGGAAGAAGAGGAGGAACUGACGCAUAAGUUACCUCUGGCACAGAGACUGGAGAGUGGACCGACACAGGCUGACGAUAUUUCAGAAUUUUACCAGUUCAAUGAAAACGUCGAUGACCGUGGAUCAUCGUUUCCCUCGCGUAUUGUCAAAAAUUGGGGGCCGGCUUUAACAGUGCUGAAGCCACGAGGUUUACUAAAUCAUGGGGUCACGUGCUAUACCAAUGCUGCUGUCCAGGCAAUGAUUCAUAUUCCCGCUAUUCAGCAUUAUCUAUUCGACAUAUUGCGCGGCAAGUAUGACGAUACCAUUGAUCGUCAUUCUGUGUCCUAUGUGCUUGCGGAAACGAGCAGGAAAAUGUGGUUACCACAGGACAAAUCCAGAAAGAAGUCUUCUUCGUAUUUUAUCAAUCCAAAGAAAUUACUGGCAAGAUUGGAUGACAUAAAUUGCAUGAUGAGCGAAUGGCAACAGGAAGAUUCUCACGAAUAUUUCAUGUCCUUAAUGUCAAGAUUACAGGAGGAUUCUGUGCCUAGAGGUCACAAGAUGACAGAAUCUAUUGUUUAUGAUAUCUUUGGCGGUUUAUUGAAACAAAAAGUGGCCUGCAAGUCUUGCGGAUACGUUUCAGAGACCGAGCAACCAUUCUACGAUUUGUCUUUGCAUUUAAAGGGCAAAAAAAUUCUGCAACAAACAGCUUCAUCAUCAUCAACCUCUUCCAUAAAUUCAGAAAAUGGUGACUCGACACAUAAAAAGUUUUCGAUCGAGAAGUCGAUAAAAGAAUUCUUCAAUACGGAACUGAUAAAAGUUGAUAAAGAGAAAAAGGGUUAUGUGUGUGAGAAUUGUAAAAAGACGACAAACGCAUUGAAACAUAAUUUAAUAAUAAGGGCACCUGAAACUUUAUUAAUUCAUUUGAAGAAAUUUAGAUUCAAUGGAACGUCUUCUUCAAAGAUGAAGCAAGCAGUUUCUUAUCCGAUGUUUUUGGAUCUAACAGAAUACUGCGAUAAAGUCUCCCUACCCGUCAAAUAUCAACUGACUACCGUUGUUGUUCACGAAGGUCGGUCCUUAUCUUCCGGUCAUUAUAUCGUUCAUUGCAGACAACCUGAUGGAUCAUGGGCCACUUAUGAUGACGAGUAUAUCAAUAAGAUUUCAGAAAAAGAUGUAUUAAAAGAAGCCAAUGCAUAUUACUUGUUGUACACGAGAUUGACUCCAAGAAAAGUUUCUUUUAAAAAAUCGGAUAAAAAAUUCGCUGAUGAACUAAGUAUUCCAUUAUCAAAUAAUGUAUCCACACCUUCAUCAUCGCCUGUAAUAAACCGGAACAAAAAGUGGAAGAAAAAUAUAAGAAAGAAGUUCAAUCAUUAA